CUCCCAGCAUCCUUAGCGGCUGGCAAAGGAAAAUGUAAACGGCCAUGUCGUGGUAGAAAAUCAGUUCUGAAACGAGCGAGACUUUACUUACGGCGCAACUAUACCAAUUCAUGUAAUGUAGUCUUUAAACUACGGCUUUGAAAGUAAUACAUCUGACCUCUCGUUUGACAGAAACAGAUCCCGUGGAAAUAACUGCUUUAUUAAAAUCAGAGGGCAAACAUGAGUGGAGGAGGGACGCCGUACAUUGGUAGCAAAAUUAGCCUAAUCUCCAAGGCCGAGAUUCGCUAUGAAGGAAUUUUGUAUACCAUUGAUACUGAAAACUCGACAGUAGCUCUUGCUAAAGUUCGCUCCUUUGGCACUGAAGACCGGCCUACUGAAAGGCCUGUUCCACCUCGAGAGGAAGUGUUUGAGUACAUCAUCUUCAGAGGAAGUGAUAUUAAAGACCUGACAGUUUGUGAGCCACCCAAAGCCACCAGCUCCCUGCCUCAGGACCCUGCUAUAGUUCAAUCGUCACUUGGAUCCACAAAUUCUGCAGCAGGACCAUCGUUCCAGUCGGCUGGCUCCUAUGCUCCACUCAGCAAGGCCCCUGUCCCACCAUACAGCCAGUUUGGUGUUACACCCCUUGCAGCUCAGCAGUUUGGAUCUGCCGGAGCAGGAGGUCGCACCAGCCCCCAGCUGGACUCUUUAACCAAACGUCCAACCCUGGAGCAGGCAGUGAAGGCCCCACCAUCUGCUGCCCCAGCACCGCCUGCACCUGUAGGACAGAGGAGUCAGGCGGGGGUGGCCGCUCCCAGACCCACCACUAGCAGUGCUGGCAACCAGAAGCCCCCAGACCUCCUGGAGCAGAGAAAGGGUGAAGAUACACGGACUUCUCAUGCUCCUGAGGUUCAGAAGGUGUCCCAGCCAGAUCAUGAAAAAGCUGCUCUAGAAAACCGAGACCCCAACAAGCGUCAAGCUGCUGGGGCUCAGAUCACCCGUCGUGGCCGUGGAAGGGGAAACCGCAGCAGAGGUACAGUAAACGUACGUAGGGAUGGCGCCAUGAAGUUUGAAGAGGACUUUGACUUUGAGACUGCCAACGCCCAGUUCAACAAAGAUGAAAUUGAUAAAGAGCUCCAGAACAAGCUCAAACUGAAAGAUGACAAGACUGAAAAGGCGCUGAAUGGAGAAGAAGCUGCUGAGUCAGAACAUGCAGCCAAUGAGGGGACCAACGAGGAGGAGGAGGCUGUGAUAAACACCUACUAUGACAAGUCCAAAUCCUUCUUUGAUAACCUGUCUGCCGAUGACUUAAGUAAAGGGGGUGAAAGAGGAUUUUCAAGGGAGCGAAGGACAACCUGGGCGGAAGAGAGACGAAUGAAUGCUGAGACAUUCGGGAUUCCUCUGAGGCACAACCGAGGAAGAGGAGGCUUCCGUGGCCGAGGCUUCAUGGGGCCCCGUGGAGGCCGAGGGCGACCACUGAGCAGAGGUUCCUUCGGGCCACCCCGGGGUCCUCCACCUGGUUUCAGAGGCGGAUUCAGAGGUGGCAGAGGAGGCCGGGAAUUUUCUGAUUUUGAAUACAGGAAGGACAACAAGGUGGCUGCAUAGUACUUUAGCGAUGGAUCCUCAAAUAAUUUUAGCCCCUCAUCAUGAAAUUAUUCUUGUUGAAGAAAUCUUUGGUCUCAAUAUUUGACAAAAAGAAUGAAGACAUCCUUUCAGUCACCAGCACCGACUGCUUUACAUCAGGGGUGAAAGUGCAGCUUCCUUUUCUCCACUUUGAGAAUUAGGCUUUUUUGUUGUUUUGCCCCAGACAUUUUUUUGACAAGCAGUCAUCAGAUGGACUAGAACAUGUGUAAAUACCUUGCUUUGGAGUAAGUCUGUAUUUUUGCAUCGGUCAAGUUUAUUUCUUAGUGAAAUUGUCUUUGAUAUUGAAAGCUGUUUGCAGAAAAGCCCACUGAAUCUGUGAGUGGAUCACAGUCCAUGUGAUCAAUAGCUUUACUUUUACUUUAUUUCAUUUUUUGAUCUUAUGACAUAUGUCGGCACCAAAAUUCACUGCUCUGCCUGUUGCACCGUAUUUUUCUCUGCUCAGACUUGCUUACCUUGGUUGCCAUGCGUUCAGUAGUUUUUACCCAGUUUGCAGGAAACCUUUUUUAUUGGACAUCCAUUUAUUCUCAAUGAAGCAGUGAGCUCAAGCCCAGCUAAAAGAAAC